UACCGUCCUUUCCUCUCUAUUCCAUGCCUCAAACAUCUCCCUGUACGUCCCAUCUAUUUUUCCCAGCUCAGUCACGUAAACUUCCCUCUCCUUCUUAUACCACGGACAUUCCGCGACUACACGAACACGGUCGUCGCAUUCGAAGCCGCAAUCACAUUUGAACUCGUCGUCUUCCUCGUCUACCGUCCUAUGUCUUCGUCGACGUUCUCGAAGGCCUAUGUCCCCGGUCCUGAAUUUGACCUUAAGCUUUGUUCCUGCAUCCAUUGGUCCAUGUAGGUAAUCCUUGAACCCUAUUCCUUCCUUCAACAUUCCGUACACGUCUAGAGCCUCCUUAUCCUUCGAUUAUUUCCUCAGAUUCUGUUCUUCUCUCUCGGCACAAGCAACAGAUAUCUUCUCCUUGAACCCCUGUAGACCCUCCGUUUCCAGCGUUUCAUCUUCGUCGAUGUCGAGCCCCUUCCAUACGUCCUCUACAACCUUGACCCAUUCCGUGGGUUGUCUACCCCUCUUUUUGUUUGCCCACUUCGCCUCCCAUACAAUCCUCGGCAACCUCUCCUCUCCCAUCCCGCACAUGCGAUACUGCCAGGUCAGCUUCCUCGCGUCUCUUCCCGACCGUAGGGAUUGGAUCCCCAAUUCUGCCCUCAAGGCUGCAUUGCUUGUGCGCUUGGAGCAUCCAAGGAUGAUUUUCGCUGCUUUCAUCUGCGCCGCCUCGAGUUCUUUCACUACCUUCUUAUUUCCUUCCCAUACUUCUCCGGCGUACUCUAGCGGCGGUACGAUUACGCUCUUCAAAACCGUCAAUUUGAUGCGUGUAUCGAGGGCCGGUUUGCGAGUGCUGGGUGCAGCUUCCCUGCUCGUGCUUUACCCUUUUCCGCUACCUUGGACAUGUGUGCAUUCCACGAGCAGUCUUUUGCGAUCUCUACUCCGAGGUAUGUGUACUGGUCCACUACUGCAAUCUCCUCGAUCCCCCACUUCCAUCUAUGUUCUACUGGUUCCUCCUUGUUCUCGUUGCAUACCAUGACGGCACUCUUCUGAACGUUGGCAGACAAUCUCCACUUAUCAGUAAACUUCUUCGCCGCGUCAAUUUGCAGUUGCAGUCCCUCAGGGGUGUCCGACAUACCGACAAAAUCAUCCGCAAACAGCAUUCCUGAAACCGACGUUUCCGUGUCCCCUACUUUUACUCCCUUCCGGACUGCCUCUACGACUUCCAACAGAUCGUUGAUGAACACCUGGAACAAUGUUGGGGACAGCGUGCAACCUUGUGGGACCCCCUGCUCAAUGUCGAAGAAUUUUGACAGUUCUCCGUCUAGCAUGACCGCGCUUUUCGUACACUCUGUCAUCUUCUUCAGCACUCUCCACAUUUUCCCCUUGAUCCCGUAUUUGGACAGUUGUUUCCACAACCCAUUUCUCCAUACGGUGUCGUAUGCCUUUUUCACGUCCAGGAAGAAGCAGUACGUCGGCUUUCCCGCCCUCUUUCUACCUUGGAUGAUUCUCCCUACCGUGAACACGUGGUCUACGCACCCCCUCUUCUUGCGGAAACCUGCCUGGCCCUCACUAAUGCUAUGUUCCUUCUCCAAUACUCCCACUAUCCUAUCGUUCAGCAGCUUACAGAACACUUUUCCUACUGUGUUCAACAGUGUGAUCCCCCUGUAGUUUCCUGGGUCAGUCUUGUCUCCUUUCUUAAACAAGUUCACAACCACGCCUUCCCUCCAUCUACUUGGCGUAUACUCGUUUUUCCACACCCAAUUGUACAGCAGUACCAUCAGCUGGAUCAUCCCCUUCCCCCCAAACUUCAUGAACUCGUUGACUAUCCCAUCCGCUCCUGCUGCUUUGUGGCACUUCAGCUUGUUCACACACGCCUCAACCUCGUCCUCAGUGAACUCCUUUUCUAGUUCUACGUUCCCAACGUCUGCCUUCGAUGUCUCUUCUCCUUUCUGGGCCCAUGCAUCCACCUCCUUCUUAAACACUUGGUCAAAAGCUUCAUCCUCCGAGAGCACUCCGAGUCUCUCGUAGUGUCCUGCUAGAACUUCCCUUUUUCCCUUCCCACUGCUGACUAAUCCACCGUUCACACCUCGCAAAGUUGCGACCCCUGUAUCCCCCCCUUGCGCGGUCUUUUUUACCAUUCCACUAAUCCCUUCCCACAUCUGCUUGACGUUCCCCUCCAGGCCUCCGUUGGCCUUCUGCACUUCUUCGUCCCAAAUACACUUUUUCUUCUUUUUCAUUAGCCCUUGCACCUGUUUUCUCUUGGCCCUGUACUUUUCCCAACUCUCCUCAGACGCCUCACUCAGGUACUGCUUGAAGACUUCUCUACGUUCCCCUAUUUCUUCUUUCAGCUCGUCAUCCCACCACUUAACCGAUACCCCACAUCGUACCACCUUCCUUCCCACUACUCUCUCUGCCGUUGCGUUCACGAUGGACUCCCACCCUUCAAUCACCCUGUCCCCUGCUGUCUGUACGUCUACCUGUCCGUCUUCGACGCUUCUCAGCAGUUUCCUGA